AUGGGAUACCGGCCAGUAUCGCUAAGUUCUUAUGGACCUCCUCACGACGCCCGUUACUCUACAAUCUGGGUUUAUGAGCCACUUGGCCCAGAUUUGCAAAUGAUCCAUGAUGUACCCAAGCCGGUCUUCGAUUCAUGGGUCGAAAAGCUACGAAAAAGAAAUUAUAUCCUUACCCAUGUUACGGUCACUGGUACUGAAGAGGAGGCUAUAUUUACUGGCGUUAUGGAAGAUGACAGAAAGCCAAACAAAACCGUCUGGACACUUGAUUGUGGAGAGGAGGACUUCCAACGGACCUUCGCAGAGGAGAUUACGAAGCCUUUCUGGCGUCCCAAGAAGCUCUUUAUAUCUAACGACCUCAAGAUCUCUGGACUCUUCACUGACACGAGUGUUGGGGGUUGGUACAGCGACACACACUUGAAUGAAACAGCCCUCGAGGCGACUAUCAAGGAACAGACAUCAAGGGGGUUGAUCCUUACGGAUAUACAAGGCGGCGUACACGAGGGCGAGGAGUUUUACAAUGUCAUCUUUCAAGAACUUCUAGAACCAAAGGCCCGUCACUGGCAUGCUGCAGGGAAAGAAAUUGGGUCCCCAAGGGAGGAUAAAUCUUUGGACUCGAUCAUGGAGAGGUUUAUGAAGACGAAUGGCGUCAGACAAGCACAAGUGGCUAUAGCAUCGAGGGGUGUAAUCAAGGCCGAGCGGGCCUACACUUGGGCCGAAGACGACCGUGAAACUGUUGCAACUAACGAUAACUUUCUUCUUGCCAGCGUGAGUAAGAUGUUCACCACUGCUGCUGUUGACAACCUCAUAAAACGCGGCAAACUCUACCCUUGGACAAAGGUUUAUAAGCGCCUGGGCUACUUUGAUGCAAAGGACGAGCGGGCCAAGAAAAUCACCGUUUCGGCUCGACCAUAA